GGUAAUGGUAAAUGAAAAAAUCACCGUAGACCAUAGACUCCUAGUAUGAUCUGUAUUUGAGGCCGAGACGACCUCCACUCAGACUUGGAAGGGAGACAACUUCAUGUGAGAUGGUCUCCAAGGGAUCAUAUGGUUUUAAUGCAAUUAAACUUAAUCAAUUUGUCAAAGAAGAAAACGAAGUCAACGAUUGCUCCCUGUGCCAGAGACAGCAGACGAUAUACCAAGAUGGCAUCGCCGAAGAGGCGUAUCCAAACUUCAUCGACGGAUUGGCGCAAGCUCUUGAGUAAUAUUCAUCGAAACACAACUACAGGAACCGUUGAUAAACUCUUUGAGGAUGACUACUUUGCUUUUGAGCUAAUAAAGACGUUGCAUGAAGACAGUGUGGAUGUAACUGUGAAGAUGGAUUUUCUUAGUAUUCUGGAACAGUAUGGAUCAGAUCACGUCGAUACCAACAGUCUGGACCAAGUGGUUUCAUUACUGCUGGAUCUGCUACGGGAUUAUCGCAGUCACAUGGAGGACCUAAGAUUUGUAUCCCAGCUGCUGCUAACUACCACAACUUUUGUCUUACAAAAUGACUUAAUGAACUCAGAAUUCUGUACAUCACUAGUUAUUAUGCUAUGGGAGAUGAUUUCCAAAACAAAUGACAUCCCCACCCGCAGACUUCGUGGUUGUGCCUGUCAGUGCCUGAGGCAAAUAGAGAUGAGGAGUCCUGGCUUGUUAUUGGGAUACAGGGACCGACUAGUCAAGCUUGUGCGAGAAGAACGAACAGAUAUUUUUCAAGAUUAUGCUAGCCUGCUGGCAGCAGUCCUUACAAACCUGGCAGCACAACUUGCCGAGCCAAAGAGCAUUUCAGCAGAGGAUAUUGUUCCUCAUCUGUCCUUUCUGAUGGACAAUUCCUUCCUAUUUACACCAGAAGGCCUUUGGCCAAUAGUUUUAUCUGUGGUGGCUCUCGUGAAAUCAACUGUUCAUGUAGCACCCACAAUUUUUAAGCCACUCAUGUUACACAACAUGGCAACUUUUGACCCAUGUCUUUUUCACAUGGAUUUAUACAUUCAGGAGGAAUUUCAUGGAGAGAUUUUAACAAAAGAGGAGGAAUCUAUGCUGCAGCGGCGCUUAGUCUCUAACAUCCAGCUUCUCUCCCUGCCCCCAGCUCUGCGAUUACUCCUUUUGCAGUGGCUAAAACCACAAAUGAAGCCUGUAAGCAUUAACAGUGAAGCUGAGCUCAACACCAAUGUAGUGGCCAGAAUCAUCCAGCAGCAUAUGCAUCCAUCUGUCUUUGACAGCCUGGACAUCCAUAUUGACAAGCUGACCAUUUGGGUGGGCAGCCUGCCUGUUGGCCAGGAUCAAGGACUAAUAAAUGACAUUCACUACCUGAAGCGUUUGACUCUCACAACUGGCAAUGAGCAAGUUGCAGUUGGGCUUUACCGAGUUCUGUAUGCUAGCCUUCAGCAUCACAAGACACAGGCAGUGGCAAACAUAAUUCUCAAGAUUACUCAAGAUCUUGUAGUGGAUUACCCACACCUUAUUCCAGUCAUCCUUGACUUCCUAUUGGCUGUAAAAGAAAACAUUGGUGAAAGGGUGAUUUACAUGGAUGCACUGUCAUCACUCCACUCCCAGGUGCUAAACAGCACAAAGGAGGAAGUUUUAUCACAAUUUCGCUUCUUCCUGCAGGUGCUUAGUAUCGCAGCCCAGCAACAAGACAUUUCUCAGAUAAAGACACUCAGGUUUUUGCUGGGUUUAGUGAGGUGUGCACGAGAUCAGAGCAAGUGCACUUGGGAACUAGGGACAUCUAUACUGGCAACAUGCCGUAGCAUGCUGCUUCACCAUUCCACAAGCUGCUUCUACUACGAAAUGGGUGAACUACUUCUGGAAAUGAUGAUAUCAUUUACUGACUCCGAGAUUAGUAACAGAGCUAGACUGCAAUAUUCUUUGCUGACAAACGCUUGUGAUGAAAAAAUUCGUGAAGUCCUUGGUGCAAAGCUCCUAGGGGGAAAUGCUUUCAGUCAGAAUAUUACUUCCUUGCUUUCAGGAAGUUUACAUCCCCCUAUGAGAACAGAGAUUAUCUACAUAGAUGAACCACUCAUUUCUUGGAAAGAUCUUCACUGACACCCCACUUCAUGCAGAAUGAUGCAUCAUCCGACUGUAGUUGUCCUCAUGUUUCUGGAAGACUGGAGAACUACUACAACAAUUUAUCUAAUCUGCGUACAGAGCUGAUUGCCCACUACUUGGUGUCCUUGG